UACAUUUCUUCCGUGUUGUUUCAUUUCAGAUCGAACUCAACCUUAAACAUCAUGAGCUUCUGCAGACCCCAAAGCUACUGGGACCCAUGCCGCCGUGGAAGUUUCUCUUCCGGCAGCUGCUAUGGAGGUUCCGGCCAGCGCAUGGGCUAUUACCCAUCUUAUGGCCGUAACUACUACCCACAGAGCUGUUAUGGCGGUUAUGGAAGUUAUGGCGGUUAUGGCGGUUACGGUGGUUAUGGCAGUUAUGGCGGUUAUGGCCGUAACUACUACCCACAGAGAUGUUAUGGUGGUUUUGGCAGUUAUGGAGGUUAUGGCCGUAACUACUACCCACAGAGCUGUUAUGGCGGUUAUGGCAGUUUUGGCGGUUAUGGAGGUUAUGGCCGUAACUACUACCCACAGAGAUGUUAUGGUGGUUUUGGCAGUUAUGGCGGUUAUGGCAGCUAUGGCGGUUAUGGAGGUUAUGGCGGUUAUGGAGGUUAUGGCCGUAGCUACUACCCCAAAACCUACUAUGGUGGUUCCGGCCAACGCAUCUGCUACUACCCACAGAGCUGCUAUGGAGGUUCCGGACAACGCAUCUGCUCCUACCCACAGAGCUGCUAUGGAGGUUCUGGCCAACGUAUCUGCUAUUACCCAUACCGCCGCGGAAGUUUCUCUUCUGGUAGCUGCUACGGAGGUUCCGGCCAACGCAUCUGCUACUACCCACAGAGCUGCUAUGGAGGUUCCGGACAACACAUCUGCUCCUACCCACAGAGCUGCUAUGGAGGUUCUGGCCAACGUAUCUGCUAUUAUCCAUACCGCCGCGGAAGUUUCUCUUCUGGCAGCUGCUACUACCCACAGAGCAGUUAUGGUGGUUAUGGCCGUUGCUACUACCCAAAAAGCUACUAUGGUGGUUUUGGGUAUGGCCGGUGUUAUUACCCACCACAAUAUUGUGGGGGCUACGGUUAUGGAUGGGAGUACCCAUCUAGGCGUGGCAGCAUCUGUUACGAGCCCUGCUACCCUCUCACUCGACGGUACAGCUGCAGCGGCAUUGGCGGACCCUGCUAG